AUGGGGCGUGGUCUGUGCGGGGGCGUGGUCGCGUCCAGGGGGCGUGGCCUGUCGGAGGGGGCGUGUCCGAGGAGGGGGCUCGGCGCGGUGGGUGCGGAGGGCGCGGCAGCGGCGGCCAUGGACGGGCGGCCCGGGCCGAGGCCGACCCCCGAGGGCCGCCGGGAGCGCUCCCGGGACGCCGCCCGGUGCCGGCGCAGCCGCGAGGCCGAGGUGUUCGGGCAGCUGGCGCUGGCGCUGCCCUUCGCCCGCGGCGUCAGCGCCCACCUGGACAAAGCGUCCAUCAUGCGCCUGACCAUCAGCUACCUGCGCGUGCAGCGCCUGCUGGCCGCGGGUGCGUGGGCGGCGGCGGCCGAGGCGGUGGACGGCUGCUACCUACAGGCUCUGAGCGGCUUCGUGAUGGUGCUGAGCAGGGGGGGGGACAUGAUUUACCUGUCCGAGAACGUCAGCCGCCUGCUGGGCUCAGCCCAGCUGGAGCUGAUCGGGCACAGCGUGUUCGACUUCGUGCACCCCUGCGACCACGAGGAGCUGCACGACGUGCUGGGCCCGCGCCAGGGGGGUCCCCGGCGGCGGGGGGAGCGCUCGGGCCGCAGUUUCUCGCUGCGCAUGAAGAGCACCCUGAGCGGCCGCGGGCGCUGCCUCAACCUCAAAGCGGCGUCCUGGAAGGUGCUGCACUGCGCGGGGCACAUGCGGACCUACUCGGGGGCGGGGGGCGGCGACCCCCCCCUGCGGUGCCUGGUGCUGAUCUGCGAGGCCAUCCCCCACCCCGGCAACAUCGAGGCCCCGCUGGGCUCGGGCACCGUCCUCACCCGCCACUCCAUGGACAUGAAGUUCACCUACUGCGACGAUAGGAUCGGGGAGGUGGCCGGGUACCACCCCGAGGAGCUCCUGGGCUGUUCCCUCUACGAGUUCGUGCACGCGCUCGACUCCAACACCCUGAGCCGCAGCGUCCACACCCUGCUGAGCAAGGGCCAGGCUGUCACCAGCCAGUACCGGUUCCUGGCCAAGCGCGGGGGGUUCCUGUGGGCGCAGACCCAGGCCACCGUCAUGGGCGGGGGGCGAGCGGCGCCCGAGGGCAUCGUGUGCCUGCACUUCGUGCUCAGCCGCGUGGAGCAGCGCGGGCUGGUGCUGUCCCUGGAGCAGACCCAGCGCCGCGAUUUGGGGAGGGGGCGUCGCCCCCCGCCCCCCGGCUGGGGGUCCCGGGGGGUCCCGGGGGUCCUGGCCUUCGUGCGCCCCUCCCACGUGCCCGAGGCCGCCCUGCAGAGGGACCCCCGGCGCUUCUGCACCCCCGAGCUCGUCCGGCUCCUCGCCCCCAUCUUCGACCCCCCCCCCGCGACCCCCGCCCCUCCCCGCCGCCCCCGCAGCCCCCUCCCCGCCCCCAAACGGGUGCUGCAGGUCCAGAAGAUUUUUGGGGGGAGCCGCGGCCCCGGGACCACCCUGCAGUCGCCCCCCCUGGACCUGGCCAUGCUGGCCCCCUACAUCCCCAUGGACGGCGACUUCCAGCUGGGCGGGGCCGAGCCGCAGAGGGGGCGGGGCCUGCGCCGAGCUGGCCCCGCCCACAAGCACGAGGCCCCGCCCCCGAGGCCCCGUGCACGCAGCUUCCCCGGGCGAGGCCCCGCCCCCUCCCGGCCUGGCCACGCCCUUCCGAGAUGGGGCAGCGACCCCGCCCUCGGCCACGCCCAGCGGCCACGCCCUGCUAGAAAAGAGGGGCUGCUGCUGAGUGGCGACCCCCCAGGAGUGAGCCUGGGCCAGGAGCAGCCCCUGG